AGGGCGUCGUGUGUGGUACGCUUUACAUUCUACAAGGUGUAUCGAAAUAUACUCGAAGGCACUUCUAAAGAUUAGUGCGAAUUUAUAUCGAUUCGGAAUUUCUAUGUAAAGUGGUAAAAUGAAGAUAUCGUUUAUAAAGUAAUAAUAAAACAACUCUCUUUGAAAGAUUCGAUACGCAAGAAGAGAACAAAAUAUUGAUACUUCAAAGCAUUGCUGUUACAUUUAAGAUUGAAAAAGAAUUCAUUGAUAUCACCAAUGACUUUCGUUCUAACGGAAGAAGAAAGGAGAAUCUUCGAUUUAUUGAGGUUAGAAGGAUGUUGUUUGAGAUGUUGUUUACGCUUCACCGGAUGCAGAAACGCUAAGUAUUAUCAAGAUCUUGCCGAAUUGGAACACCUUGUACAAUAUUCGGAAGUAAACAAACUAUACGCCAAGGGGGAAGUCCUUCCUUGUAUCGCAUGUUUAGGCAUUCUUCAACCCAAAGCGGAAGAAAGUGUAAUAGAAAGAAUAGUACAAGAAGUGAAGAAGCAAAACUACGAUUGUCCGACCUUUACUUGCGCUUUAACCGUACCAAUAUCUUUGUGUCUCAGAGAAAGGUCGUUGCACAUUUAUAUCGCCAAAAAGUUUGACCUAACCAAAUCGGACUUUAAUAAUCUCAAGUACAAAACCCUUAAUGUUAAAGACGUAUGGAAAUGGAUUGCGCUUCCUAGAUUGGAAGAUAACAUAGAAAAACGUCCAGAUUUAACGAAGCCCUCUCCGUUUUUACUAGAAAUUUGUUUCUUAUAUGCAUGCGACGAAAACGAAUGUUGCGCAUUAUUAGACAAAUUGGGAAAUAAUCAUAACAAAUGUUCAGAAAAAAAAAGAAAGUAUGACAACAAUAAAUACAGUAGAAAACACAUUGAAUCUGUGAUGUCCAGUACAACAGACGAAAUAUUUGAAAAGUAUUAUCUAUUUCCGCCGACUCGACCAGAUUCUUUUAUAAAUAUUGGGAACGUUUUGUGUUCUCACAGUAGUAUUUUCAUAGGAGGACGCUAUAACAAGCUUUCGCGACAGCUCAGUCAAACGCCUUGGUUCAUCAAUGGUGAAAAAAAAAUGGAAACAUCCGUGCAAGACAUAUUGUGCGAACCGAUUGCCAAAGCUGUUAAAGCCGAAUCAAUCAAAUUUUUAUCUUCUGGAAGAGAAGACGUCGACGUAAGAAACAUACAUUCUGGCAGACCGUUCGCGGUCGAAUUAAUAAAUCCUCGAAUUACGAAGAUAACUUCUGAACUUUUAUCAAAUUUAGUUACUAUCAUCAAUGAUAGUUCUACGCAAGUGAAAGUAACGACUAAUUUGAAGUUACUAAAUAGGGACGAUUUAAAAAAAUUAAAAGAAGGUGAAAAUGUUAAAACAAAAUUUUAUCGAGCACUUUGCGUAUGUCGCAAAGCACCACAAGACAAAUCAUGCCUUGAAGCUUUAAAUAAAUUAAAAAACGUAAAAAUAAUUCAAAAGACACCGAUCAGAGUUCUGCACAGACGUCCGUUGACUCCCCGUGUGCGUUUCAUAUACGAUAUGCGCGCUCGAUGGGCAAAACCACAAGAAUUAAAAAAUUUACCAAACGCACCCACCGACGACAAUACUUUUUUUGUAUUGGAUGUAAAAACACAAGCAGGUACUUAUGUCAAAGAAUUCGUUCAUGGAGAUUUUGGACGAACGAAGCCAAGUUUAUGCGAUCUAUUGAAUACGGAAGUAGACAUUGUCGCGUUAGAUGUUACAGGCAUCAAUUUAAAUUGGCCAUAAAAGAUCGUAUAAUUUAAUUCUCCCUCUAUCUCUCUUUUUCCGAGAGGAGUUAUAAAUAUAUAAAUUUAUAUAUAACAUCGUAUCGCAUCCCGUCUACGAUUUUAUACAAGAGGAUAUGUAUGUAUAUACACACGUCGUACACGCAUUCACCAAAUAAAAAUGUAUCCUUAGCGUUUUAUUACUCUUACGAUUAGUUUUCCGAGCGCUCCUGUGUAUAUAUGCAUAUAUAAAGUUUAUAUAUAUGUACGUAUAUAUAAAAUCUUGAAGCAUUAUUUUCCGUUAUCCUAAAUUUGUUGUUGAUAUAUAUAUAUAUAUUUGGUCAUAUGUAUAAAAAUUAUUACGCAUUUAUACAAAAUGGAAUACAACGAGCAACUAUCGAUCGAGCGAGCCACGAGGCUACUUUAAAUACGAUUAUAUUACUUUAUAUACACGCAACGUUUGUACAAUAUCAUUUUGGAUUAUUCUUAUGUUCUUGUAUCCAAAAAUGUUUCUUUACAGCUGCCAGUGAUAUUCUUUCAGAACCUUUCCUUUUGAUUAGCUGAAAUUAUGAGAAAAGAAAUUGCAAAUAAAAUGUUUUUACUGGCAA